AUGGCGUUCUCUUUCGGGGGCAGUGCCCCUGCGUUUGGCGCACCCGCAUCUUCGGCAGGCUUCUCGUUUGGCGGCAGCUCAACACCCGCGUUUGGUGCACCGCCUGCAUCUUCGGCGCCAGCCUUCGGUUUUGGCGGCGCGUCUGGCUUUGGCGCUUCAUCGACACCAGCUUUCGGCGCGCCCGCUGCCUCCGCCGCGCCGGCGUUUGGCGCUCCAGCCGCGUCACAAUCCCUGUUUGGAGCACCCGCGGCGUCUGCGCCGCUCUUUGGCGCGGCCCCCGCCUCGUCCACGCCCUCUUUUGGCGGCUUCGGCGUCGCCACCUCAGCCCCAGCGGCCAGCGGCGGUUUCAGCUUCGGCGGCGGGGCGCUCGUGCCUGCGGGGGCUGCACCAGCGGCAGCGGCGGCGCCGUUCGGCUCGUUUGGCGGGACGGCGCCGGCGCAGGCGGUGCAGCCGUCCGGGGCGCUUACUUACAGCAGCCGCUUCGAGGACCUACCGCCGCAGUUGCAGCAGCUGUUCAACGGCCUGCAGCAGCAGAUAUCUCAGUAUGACUCCGACCGGGCCGCAGUCAGCCAGCUGCCGCACCUGCACGAGCGGCCCGAUGGCAGCAGGGACGUGGGGGCGGAAGCUUCUACCCUUCAGUCAGAGCUUCGGGGCCUGCAGGGGUCCAUGAGGUCUGAGGAGGAGUCCCUAGAGAACUUCCGGCAGGCGCGCGGGCGGGGGCGGGGCCGGGGGCGAGGUGGUUGGCCCAGGGCGGGGCUGGGGAGCCGCCCUUCUGCAGGGACACCUGCCGAGCGGUGGCGUAAGGCCGUGCUGCUGCUGAAGGCCGCUGACGGCGUGGUGCGCACCUUCCAGCGCACCAAGCUGUGGAGGGACGCGCCCACACAGUUCAAGGGCCAGGUCAUGCCGACAGCGCUGCAGGAGUUGCUGUCCCAGCCGGUGCUGCUGCCCUCCCCCUUCUUGGAGGAGGCCGCCAAGGGGUUUGCGGACCAGGUGGCCGAGUACAAGAAGACAGUCUCGGAGCUCGAGCAGGUGCUGGCCGCGCAGGGCUCGCGCCAGGCGGAGGCGGGGCUCGGCGCCGGCGGCGUGGACGUGGCGCUGGCGCUGCCCACCGUGGUGGCCAACAUGCACGACUACUUCACGCACGUCGCGGCGAAGCUGGAGCGGGUGCACAACGAGGUGUGCUUGUUUUUGAUUGUGCUCGCGGCCGCUGCGCCGUCCGCAUGUUGCCAUCAGCUGGCCAGCUAG